AUGCCCAAGGACGCACGAUACGUCCUCUACAGGGAGAAUAACAAGGUGGGCCCAUAUCGCGUGUACCUCGACCGCACUGUUCACGAUGACAUUCGUUGGAUGCCAUUCACUGAUUACCGUGAUGUUGUCCCAUUUGACUGCAUCACAUUAUAUUCUGGAUGGUUGGAAUGUGGGACCAACAGCAUGGUCAGGUAUCUACCGGAGCAGUGCAUGAGGCAGUUUAGACGUGUGCAGAUGAUAUCGAGGUCUCUGUUUGAGGCUGCUCCCGACAUCGUUACCCUAGUGGGCCCCAAUGCUAUAUUUGAGGAUUGGACACAUCAUUUGGUGCCUGAGGAGUAUCAGCGUAUGGUGGCCACCCAGAGCUGGCACUGUGUAGAUGGGAACGUGACCCGGAGAUCCACCUAG